AUGUCGUCUUUCGACGAACUGAUGAGUCUACAGAACAUGGAGAUGGGUGUCAUCUCUCGCACAUUUAUUAACUUUAAGAAGCUGGGACAGACCAAGAUGACACGUGCCGUAACGCGACAACGCCUCGCAACCCUCAAGGAGACAUACGCCAGAUGCAAGGAGCUGGACUGCAGGAUAACGCUUGCUGCGGACGAGAAGAUAACGACAAUCCAUGCGUACUUCACCCAGAACCACUUCCUGAAGUGUGAAGAAUAUUACCAUGAAACUUCCGACUACAUGGCUGAGGUAUUGGAAUGUCACGAGGUCAGCAACUCCUCUCCCGCUGCACAUGACUGUAGCAAACGGCAUCACACAUUGCUGCAUUUCGAUCAUUCCGCUCAACCAGUCGACGCUAAGUCACCGUCGACGUCCACACCCACGAGUAGCGAGAGCGUCACCGCCGUAGCUACACAUUUAUUGUCGAAAACCGUAGCACCGAGCUCCAAAAUCUUACUCGCGACAGCGCGCGUGCGAGUUUAUUCGCCUCAUAAACGUUUCGUCACCGUUCGCGCGCUCCUUGAUCAGGGAUCCGUCUCUGCGAUCAUCUCUGAAUCGCUUGCUCAAUGCUUAUGCCUUACAAGAAUUAAUCGCUCCGUCUCACUUACCGGCAUUAGCGAAAUGCGAUCUAUCGUGCGUCACGCGGCCCAAAUUACGAUUACUCCGGCGUGUCGCGACGGACCUGCCUAUAUCACGACCGCAUUAAUACUUCGGUCAUUAACGAAAUAUUUACCGAAUCGAGUCGAUACCGCGCACAAUUGGAAACACGUCGCGGGACUCGAACUUGCCGAUCGUGACCCCAUGAGUUCGGAUCCAAUCGACAUCAUUAUCGGUGCCGAUCUGUUCGGCAUGCUAGUUCUCGAUGGUAUCCGAAAAGGCUCAGAACAUGAGCCUAUUGCGCAAAAUACCACUCUAGGCUGGAUUCUGUCCGGGCCAAUAGCCUCGUCACCGAAUACUGGCUCAGUUUCCGCUCUUGCGCAUCAUGGAGUCGUCAUCGAGACUCUCGAUUGCGAUCUUCGUCGCUUCUGGGAAAUUGAGGAAGUGCCUCAGAAAGCUGCUCGAAGCCCUGAGGAUCACCAGUGCGAAGAGCACUUCAAAGCCACGCAUUCUCGUACGCCGGAAGGACGCUUUCGCCGCUUGGAACAACGCUUAAAUCGAAACCCAAUUAUCGCUUCCGAGUACCGCGAAUUUCUCGCAGAGUACGAAACCCUCGGUCAUAUGACCAAAAGACCACCAACAGAAAUUAUCAAACCAGAGCAAGCCUAUUACAUUCCGCAUCACGCAGUAUUACGCGAUAGCAGUACGACCACCCGCUUACGAGUAGUCUUCAACGCGUCGUGCCGCACGUCAAACGGAACGUCAUUGAAUGACCAUAUGCUCAUAGGCCCUAAGCUUCAACGGGAUUUGGCCACGGUCGUAAUGCAGUGGCGCCAAUAUCGUUACGUGUUUACCGCCGAUAUCGCCAAAAUGUAUCGGCAAAUCUUAGUUAACCCCCAAGAUACCGACUACCAGCGCAUUGUUUGGCAACCUACUCCUGACGAACCAAUCUCAGAUUACCGCCUUCUCACCGUCACCUACGGUACUGCCGCCGCUCCAUAUUUAGCUCUUCGGGUUUUAGAUCAGCUCGUCGAAGAUGACGGUGCUGACUUUCCACUAGCUGUUCCCGUUUUACGUCAUCAGACGUAUGUUGAUGAUUGCGCUUUCGGCGCAGACGACCAGAUUCUCGCUCGUCAAACCCGCGAUCAAUUAGUCGAAUUGUUAAAGAAAGAAGGCUUUCGCCUUCGAAAAUGGGCAAGCAACGCCUCCGCUUUAUUGUCUGAUCUCGAUUCCGCGGAUCACGGAUUAGUUACUCACAAGGUUCUUCAAGACGACGACCACCUCAAAGUCUUAGGAAUCCUCUGGAAUCCGAAGCUAGACAUUUUUCAAUUCCGCGUUACCGUGCCGGCUUCACCCGGCCGAACCAAACGAGCCAUUCUUUCGACUAUUGCGAAGUUUUUCGAUCCUUUAGGAUGGGCGACUCCCGUCAUUAUUACCGCAAAAGUUUUUAUGCAGCGAUUGUGGUCACUUAAAUGCUAUUGGGAUGACGAAAUUCCCAGCCAACAUUUCGAUUACUGGUUAGACUAUCAUAACCGACUUCCGUGUCUCAACGACAUUAGCAUUCCUCGCUGGACGACUUACGGAUCUCACACGCUAAAGUGCGCCCUUCAUGGAUUUUCCGACGCUUCGACUGCAGCUUUCGCGGCUGCAGUGUAUCUUCGUACCGUCAAUGUCGACGGCUCAAUUACUGUCUCGCUUCUCGUCGCCAAAUCGAAAGUGGCCCCGCUUAAAACGAUAAGCGUCCCGCGCUUGGAAUUAUCCGCCGCUGUGCUUCUCGCGCAUUUAAUGCAUUUCGCACGCUCAGCGCUUCAACUCCCCAAGCUCGAGUGCCACUGCUGGACGGACUCUACCAUCACACUCGCAUGGCUGAGUCAAUCGCCUGCCCGAUGGAAAACCUUUGUCGCCAAUCGAGUUUCGGCUGUGCAAUCACUCCUCCCGGGAGUUUCUUGGCGUCAUGUUCCCACGCUCACCAAUCCCGCGGACUGCGCCUCGCGCGGCCUCGCUCCCAAUUGUCUCGAAACGCAUGCCUUAUGGUGGUCAGGCCCUCCAUGGCUACACCACCCUCCCGAAUCCUGGCCGAACUCGUGCCCGUUGUUACCCGCCGAGAUUCCUCUCGAACAACGCCCGGAGCCUCCGGGAUGUGCAUCGCAUACGACGCCCGAUUGGGAUCUCGCGUCGCGUUAUUCGUCGUGGCCAAAAUUACUCCGAAUUAUCGCUUACCUAUACCGGUGUCUAAAUCGAGUUCGACGCUCAAAAAACCCGCAAUCGGAUACCGCGAUUUUUAUCUCCGAAGAAAUUCAGAACGCCAAACGUUACUGA